AUGUUACAGUCCAGUUCAAGAGAUCAACUGGAGAAAGACCAGUUACAGAACAGCUUUAACUCUUUGAAUCAGAAGAAGCUGGAGCUGGAGAACAGAGUCAAAGAUCUCACUGCUGAGAAAAGCCAGUUACAGAGCAACUUCAACUCUUUGAGUCAGGAGAAAUUGGAGCUGGAGACCAGAGUCAGAGAUGUCACUGCUGAGAAAAGCCAGUUACAGAGCUUUUUGAGUCAGGAGAAACUGGAGCUGGAGACCAGAGUCAGAGAUCUCACUGCUGAGAAAAACCAGUGGAAGACCAGAGUCAGUGAUCUCACUACUGAGAAAAGCCAGUUACAGAGCAACUUCAACUCUUUGAGUCAGGAGAAAUUGGAGCUGGAGACCAGAGUCAGAGAUGUCACUGCUGAGAAAAGCCAGUUACAGAGCUUUUUGAGUCAGGAGAAACUGGAGCUGGAGACCAGAGUCAGAGAUCUCACUGCUGAGAAAAACCAGUGGAAGACCAGAGUCAGAGAUCUCACUACUGAGAAAAGCCAGUUACAGAGCAACUUCAACUCUUUGAGUCAGGAGAAAUUGGAGCUGGAGACCAGAGUCAGAGAUGUCACUGCUGAGAAAAGCCAGUUACAGAGCUUUUUGAGUCAGGAGAAACUGGAGCUGGAGACCAGAGUCAGAGAUCUCACUGCUGAGAAAAACCAGUGGAAGACCAGAGUCAGUGAUCUCACUACUGAGAAAAGCCAGUUACAGAGCAACUUCAACUCUUUGAGUCAGGAGAAAUUGGAGCUGGAGACCAGAGUCAGAGAUCUCACUGCUGAGAAAAGCCAGUUACAGAGCAACUUCAACUCUUUGAGUCAGGAGAAACUGGAGCUGGAGACCAGAGUCAGAGAUCUCAGUGCUGAAAAAAGCCAGUUACAGAACAGAUUAAAUUCUUUGAGUCAGAAGAAACUGGAGUUAGAGACUGAGAUACCAAAGUUAUCUGAACAAGCAACUGGCUGCCUUUUCACAUCCAAUGAGUUGAAGAGCUGGUCUGACAGCAGGCAGUACUGCAGGGAUCAUGGUGCUGAUCUGAUCAUUAUCAACACUGAAGAGAAGCAGAGAAACAUAUCUUCAUUGGUCAAGGAGAGAGUGUGGAUUGGUUUGUCUGACACAGAGCAGGAAGGCAACAUGACAUGGGUGGAUAAUUCAACACUGACACAAGGGUUUUGGUUCAAAGGUGAGCCGAAUAAUGCUGAUGGAAAUGAGGACUGUAUUGAAAUUAUACCUGGAUAUCCCUUCCUGAACAACUGGAAUGAUCUGCCAUGCUCAGAGAAGAGAAAGGGGAUUUGUGAGACUUCAAGUUCCACGCCUAAAUGUUAUGAUAUUUCAUAAUUUGUUCACUUUUAUGUAAUGUUUUAUGGGAUCAUUUUCAUUGUAAUUUAAUCAUUUCUGAUUGAGGUUUUUGUCAUGUCUAUGUCAGAUGAUUUCAUCGUAUUUGUAAAUCUCCAUAUGAUACUGAUUUGAAUGAUCAGAUGAAAUUUGUUAGAAGGUAAAUGUAAAAUUGUCAUUAUAGGCACUGACAAUAUAAAUAAUAAACUCAUAAUAUCCAGUU